AGCACACGGGCACUGCAGGGGCCUCUACGUCAUAACCGGAUGUUGACACUAGCUUGGAGCAGCUGAACAGGAACAACAAAGCCGCCACGACGACGGUAAAGAACAACAACAACAGAUGUGCGUCUGAAAACACACCUGACACCUCGGUGACAGCAUCGCCGGUGGGAACACUGAGAGCCACUGAAACAACCACACAGCCUUAGGCCAGUCACUCCCAGAGAUUUGAUGAUGGGACGCAUCUUCUUGGACCACAUUGGCGGAACUCGCCUCUUCUCCUGCGCCAACUGUGACACCAUCCUGACCAACAGGUCUGAGCUCAUCUCAACACGCUUCACAGGAGCCACGGGCAGAGCUUUCCUCUUCAACAAGGUGGUGAACCUCCAGUAUAGCGAGGUGCAGGACAGAGUGAUGCUUACCGGCAGACACAUGGUGAGGGACGUCAGCUGCAAGAACUGCAACAGCAAGUUGGGUUGGAUCUAUGAGUUUGCUACUGAGGACAGUCAGCGGUACAAGGAGGGACGUGUCAUCCUGGAGAGGGCGCUGGUUAGGGAGAGUGAGGGCUUUGAGGAGCACGUCCCCUCAGACAACUCAUGAGCCCCUAACCUCGGAUUAACUCGUGUGGGGUAAAGCUCACCCAUGUCCUCCUACCCCUCUCCUUUAUCCCCUUUGCCUCUGCGCUGCACACCACCGCCUGCAGACUUAGACACACACCUUUUCCCCGUCUCUAGCCUACGACCUUAGACCUCUGCUGAUUGGUUUGCCGGCUCUACUCUUGCUGAAUAGGCUUACCCAAAGUACUUCCCUAUUUAUGCGUCACAGGGCACCACCCCAAAACAUCUGGGCACACAGAUAGGGAGAUGUAACUACACUCUGUUGAAGUGUCCAUGCAUGCUCACACAGAAUUUUCACAACCUCACAAGGCAUGCUCCACACUUCUUCAUAUGGUAAAUAAACACAUGCAUGAUAAUAGACAUGGUCAACCACACAAAAAAAAAAGAAACCAUCACCUAGUUGUUUUGUUUAUUUACAUAGCUGGAGGCAGUAGAGCUGAGUAUGUUCAUCAAAGCCACCGACCCGCUCUGCACAGCGAUGUUAAAUGAACCGAUGGAGGCGUCGCUCUACAUACUGCUUCUGUGGGGCUUGUGCUUCUUCGUUGUGACCUUUUUGUAUUUGAUCUCUAGUGAGCACUGGAUGUUUAUUAAGAGUAGUUGUUAUUUCUAUAUCAGUUACCUAUUAUUAGCCAGUUAUGUGAUGAAUGUUACAGUGUUUAAAAUCUAUGUUCACGUCCAAAUGAUACCAUAAGGACUGCACAGAAUGAUGUCAUAUUUAAGUAUUCAUUGUAGUGUUGGACCAUGGAAAGGAACUUUAUUUAGACUGGCUCACAUGAUGGGCAUUUAUUUGGAUUGACAUUACGUUCUCAAAAUGUACACAGAGGGGCGUUAAGUGUCCCAUCAAUCGUUUGGAGGGGAUCUCCUGAACAGCACAAAGUCCUACAAUUCAUCCUACAGUUUAAUUCAGCUGUCCCUCUCUCCCUUUGUUACCAUGGAUUCCGUGUCUGUGUCUGUGUGGUGUGCCGUGUUAAGGGUGAUGUGUCACUUUGGUGACUUAUGAAGAGCAUGUACCUUCCAGCCAUGUGUCUUCAGUGUGGCGGAGGAGGAAGGGGUCUUGAGAGGUGAUGGAGACAUUCUCUGGCUGCCUGCCACUUGGAGGACAGGAUUAUGGGAGGAUGGGUCAUGCGUGUUUGACAGUGGUCAGUACUGGGAGACAAUUUUUAUUGUGUUUAUAGACAGUUUCUGGAAAAUAACCAACAGCAGACAUUCUCUUACCAGUUAUUACAUUACAAUUUUGGAAACAACACACUAAAAAUAUGUUUAAAUAAAGCCUUAGUUUGACUGAACUCCACCUAUGUAAACAGUUGUCAUUGUUUCAGGAUAGUGACCCAUCUUUUCUUAGGCUUUGGGCACAUUUAGUCAUAAGAUGACUUGUUUCUUACAACACAACACCAAGCAAGCUUUAAUGGAGUUCCAGUCUUUAAAGUGGAGGCUUUGUCCUUUUCUUUUCCAGAGCCUCAAUUUGAUAUCAUCAGUGUCCUGUGGAGAUUUCAAUCAAAAUGUCAAAUUGUAACAAAAACAAACAAAAAACAUCUCAACGUUCCUGACAUUUUAGGUUAUUUUUGGAGUGGGUUGUAUUGUGCCAUUUCAGAGUGUGACACUGACACUAUCCAUAUCCCCAACUCCAUGCAGUGUAAAGUCAAUGGCCGUGACAGAAUAUUCUCAUUAUCAUUUUGUUGUUCACUUUUACCAUUUUAUUGACAGGCCAUUGUUUUUUAUUUGCUUUACUCUCUAUGAUUAUUAUUUUAUUGACUGAUACAUUUAUCUUAUUGUAUUAUUUCUGUAUUUGAGGAUUGAGAGAAAAAGGUUUCUUCUUAAAUGGCUAAAGCAAGGUUUUCUCUGAUGUGAUUUCUAAAUAAACAUGAAUUCUUGCUGGG